AUGGCAAGUGGGUUGGCGGGCAAAAUUCGCCGCGCAACCGAGUCGGAUGAGUUCGACCUGAGUGGUUACGACCAGGCGCGCUGCAAUGAGCUUGCCAAGGCGGCUUUCAGCGAGCCAAUGGCUUUGAAGGAGAUGGUCCGGCUCUCCUUCGUGGUCGGGGGCGGGAAGCUGGUGCGGCAGAAGUACUCGGACGACUUGCCCAAGCAUUUCUGCAGCGCGCUGACCCUGAUUGGCUUCCAGGAGGACAACAGCGCCACCGUAGAGCAGGGAUCGGCUGGAAAGUUCAAGUUCCACCACGACACCAACAAAAAUCUGAAAUUCGUUCACGUAUUCCCAAAGCUGUCUGCAGAGGUGCGCACCGAAGCAGCAGGAGAGGAGGAGGCUGCAGAAGAGCCAGCCGCAACUCCUGCGGAGCUCCUGCUCCGGAGCGACGACGCGGAGUUUCUCCGCCUUGUCCAGGCGCAGGUAGUCACAUAUGGGGAGAAGAAGAAGCUGCUGGAGAUCCUCAAGCAGCGCAUCUCCGACUUGGAGGCCAUCGAGGCGAAGAUGGCCCGCCUGGAGCGUGUCGAGGCCUCUGAGGAAGCGCUCUUCAACGACGUUGGGGCAGAGGAGCUCAAGGAAAAAAAGAAAGUGGUGGAGGGUGAGAUGAAAGCCAUGGUGGAUGCCGGACGUCUUACCGCAGCAGAGAAAGCAGACUUCCUUGAGCAAUUGGAAGGGAAGGUUUCUCAAGCCAACGCAGAGAUUCAGAAAGCGCAGCAAGAUGGGAAAGCUAAGAAGGUGCAGGCAAGGACUGUUCACCGGACGUUGGCAGCAAAUCGAGUCUUCCGCGAUGUGCAGGCCCUCCAGCAGCAGCUAGAGAUCCUGCAAAACACGAAGGCUGCAGUCAAAGAAGCUGAACCAGCCCCACUGCCGCCUUUGAAGCAUGGUGCCAAAAUUCGAGAGCUGCGCUUGAACCUGGGACUUACAAGGCUUGGCGAGCGGCCAGAGAUUGAGGAGGCCGUGACAGAACUCGAAAGGCGCGCCAAAGGAUGGCUGGAAAGCGACGAGGUCUUCCAGGAGCGGCUUGAGGCCCAAUCUGCUCCAGGGAGGGUUAGGGGCUUGCUUACUGGUUAG